CAGCUCCUGCCCAGUCCGGGGGUGGAAGCCGGGGAGGGGGAAGCUCGCGGAGCCCAGGUGAAAGCUUCUGGACGCGUUGGGCCGUGGGGGACCGUCCAGGUCAGGCCUGGGAAUCUGGAAGUCGUAUCUACUGGAACGGGAUCGGUGGGAAGGGAGUUAUUCCCACUCACUGCUCAUUGCCCAGUGGUUUAGAGCUGGGCUUUGGGUGGGGGGGGGGGGGGAGAAGCCCCGCUCUUCCUCCCCUAUCUGCGUGUCCUGACCUUUGCCCCGUUAAGCAAAAGCGUGAACUCUCGGAGAUGGGAAGCCCUGCAGCGAGCGUCGCUGUCGCUCAACCCGGUUUGAUGGUGGGCCUCCCCUCCCUCACCUGGGGCUCCAGGCCCUGCUGGGGUGCUUAUGUCGCUGGGUGCUGUCUCACUGUGGCCGCCAGGCCUCAGAGUCGGCAGGGCCCCCGGGGCCUCCACCUGGAGGGGAGGCUGUCCCCCAGGUUCCCCCUGGCCUGGUGUCCUGAAUGGGCUGGCGGCCAGACACUGCAUGAUGGGGUCUCCUCUGUCUCUUCACAGGGUCUGCGUUCUGCUUUGGGCCCCUGUAGGUGGACAGACAUGUCUCAGGAGGGGGCUGCAGAGGGCUCCAGCACAGAGGACCCUGCCCUCAGUCUCAACAGCAGUGGGCUUUUCCAGGAGGAUGUGGAAGAAGCCAGCUCCCUGUCAGGCCCCAGGCCACGUGUGCCAGGGGUGAACUCUGGGGCCCAUGUCUGGGCUGGCAGCAGGAAAAGGGUCCUGAGGGGAAGAACCCAUCGAGGUGCCGGCUCCCAGGCUGGGGGUGCUCCUGGGACCAGCCUGGAGGCGGAGGCCCACUUGAUGGUCCUGGAGCUGCGAGCCAUGACACAAAGCCAGGGUUUGGUGCCUGUCCCUGGGCUCCACUUCCAGCUGCCCAUAGUGCCUGCUCAGGGGAGGACUCGGGCCUCCAAGAGGCUCCAGGUUUCUCUGCACGACAUCUUAGCUGAAAGUCGGCCUGGGAAUCCUCAUGGCACGUCUGUGGGUCUCCCAGAGAGAGCUUUGGUUGGCAGGGAGAGGCUGGCGGGGCUGGAGGAGACAAGCUGCCCCCAGCCAGGAGAGGCCAGAGGAGGUGGGAGUUCUCCAGGGCGUGAUGAGAGAAGCCCCACCCUCAGCAAAGAGGAGCCCCCCAAAAGGAGCCUGCCGUCCUCACCAGGCCCAGCCCCUGUGGGCGCAAGAAAGGAAAACAGGAAGUGUGAGGCCCACUCAGAGGGUGGGGAGGGGGGCUUCUUGUGGUCCCCUGGUGGGGACAACCCCCAGUGUGUGGGAGGCCUCCCACCAGGUGCUGACUGGGAGUCCCUGGGAGACCUUUGCAGUCCUCUCUCUCCCAAGGACAGUGGGUCUGGGCCUGGAGAUCCAGGUGGCAGUUGUGUGGGAUGUGUCUCGGGGACUGAGAAGUUUGAACAUUUGCCCACUGCGGGGAAUGGGGCCCAGCCAGUGGGCCCCUCCGACCCUGUCGGGGUCCCACUGCUGGACGGAGGAUUGUCCCUCGGGCCAGCUGCCCGGGAUCCUCCACAGAGCUCUGUGCUAUGCCUGGAAGUGCCUGGAAAGGCUCUCACAGAGUGGCAAGAAGCUGAGCACAUAGUCGGGGCCGGCUGUGAUGACGGGCCUGCUGUCUCGCACAACCAGGAGGAGCUAGAUGUCAAGGCUCAGCCAGAGUCCAGAGGGAGGCUGGGGCGAGGACUCCCUGCUCCCGCCGACGCCCCCGCCAGCUCCCUGGAGCCUGCAGCCAGCAAAGCUCGCUCAGGCCCAUCCGUGGGGCAGAGAAGAUCCAAGUGUGCUAGGAGGUUGAGGAGGGGCCCAAUGCCCCAUGCCCAGCACCAGGGCACAGACAACUCCAGCUGGGACCAGCCAGAGGAAUCCAGCCCAGGAAGCUUCCCCAAACUGGAGGAAAUGAAAAUGCCCCAUGGGGUGAAGCAUGUGUGUUACCUUGGAUCCGGGGCAGUGGUCCAUCUCCUGGGGGCCAUCAGCUGUGGCCAGGCUGGGGAGCCACAGCAUCCAAAGCUGGAGGUUCUGGAGAACAUGAUGGAGGCCAGCUCUGUAUCACCUGUCCAGAGGUCCAGAAGGAAGGAAAGGCCCGUGGCCCGAGGCCCCACUGGAUGCCAGGAAGGGGCUCCUGUUCAGGAGGCCUGUGCCGAAUGGCCUGGGGGCGGCCCACGGGAGCCCGAAGAGGAGGAGCCUGUUGAACCAGACUGGAGGGAGGACUCGGCUCAGCUUCAGCCCCAACAGGAGAAGCUAUCCCUGGAUAUCGGGGUACGGGGCGCUGUGGUCCACGCCAUGCGGGAGGUGCUGUGGAGUCGCCUCCGGGAGCUCCCAGACCUGGUGCUGAGUGAGGAGGCGGUGGGGGGCAUCGCUGCUGACAUUGAGGCAGCCCUCUUCGACCUGACACAAACCACCAACUGCCGCUACAAGACCAAGUACCGCAGCCUGCUGUUCAACCUGCGUGACCCCCGCAAUCCGGACCUGUUUCUCAAAGUGCUUCAGGGCAAUGUCACCCCCCACGGCCUGGUGCGGAUGAGCUCAACCCAGCUGGCCCCCCAAGAGCUGGCCCGCUGGCGGGACCAGGAGGAGAAAAGGGGCCUGGAGAUCAUUGAGCAGCAACAGAAGAAGCUGUGCAGCCUCCCGGCGUUCAAACUGACCCACAAGGGUGAAGUCGAGAUCCCGCGGGACGGGGACCAGACGCUGACCCUGGAGGAUCUGAUGGGACCCAUGGUGCCCGUAGACAGUAGCCCACUGGCCCUGCCUGCCACGUCAGAGGACACCACGGAGCAGUACGAGGACACCACGGAGCAGCACGAGGACACCACGGAGCAGCAUGAGCACCAUUUCCUGGACCCCAGCUGUCGCAUCUGCAUGGACUGGAAGCCCUCGUGUGAACUGCCAGCCUCCUUCAAAGCCACUGGGAGGAUAGGGGACAGUGUCUUCCAGAGAACCCCAAGCUCAACCCUGGUGUCCUCUCCAGUGAUGCCCCAAACCAGGGAGAAGCCUCCCACACAGCUCCAGGACAGGCUCCAGAUGCCUGCCGGGCCCACAAAGGCCCUGCCCAGCCAGCCGCCCUGGGAGGGAGUGCUGGACAUGUUCUCCAUCAAGCGGUUCAGGGCCAAGGCCCAGCUGGUCUCUGGAAACAGCUGUCGGCUCCUCAUGGCCCUGCCCGAAGUGAUCCGUUCAGCAGGCUGCAUUCCCUCCAAUACUGUCUGGGAUCUUUUGGCCAACAUCUGCCCAGCCGAGGCCAAGGACAUCUGUGUGGUCAGGCUGUGCCCACACGGGGCUCGGGACACCCAGAACUGCCGCCUCCUCUACUCCUACCUCAACAAUAAGCAGCGCCAUGGCCUGGCAGCCGUGGAACACGUGGGGAUGGUCCUGCUGCCCUUGCCUGCCUUUCAGCCCCUGCCCACCAGACUGCGCUCUCUGGGAGGCCCCGGCCUGGAAGCUGCUCACUCAAGCCUGGUGCUGGCUGUGCUGCUCCCCAAGGCAGGGCUUCCAGACACAGCAGAGUCCAGACCUCUGUGGCAGAAGGUUCAAAAGAUGGUCUCCUUCAACAGGAAAGUGGAGAUGAGAUGCUACCAGUCCGAGCACAGGAGUCCCGAUGUGGCCCCAAAGGGGUCCCAUCCCCCAAGGGAUACUCUGCAGCAGAACCAGGGCAAUAGCAGCCUGGCUCCAAGGGGAAUUUGUGCUUGGGAGAGGCCACCCAGAAGCAGGGGGAGACUGUGGGAAGAGCCUGAGACCUGGCAGAGUCCUGGGCGAGGGCAGUGGCCCCCCAAGCCAGGCCGGUGCCAAUCCAGGCACCCCUAUUCAGCAGUACCAUCUGGCCAUGGCCGGCGCCUCCACAGAGCCUCCUGUCCCCACCAGGCCCUGCUCCAACAUCUUGAAUCCCUGGUGUCCAUGAGCCGUCAGCUCCAAGCCUCACUGAGGUCCCCAGGCCAGGAGAUCCUUCCCCCAACUCCUGCCCUGUCCCCUGCAGCCCCUGGAAUUCUCGGUCCACUCGGUCAGCCCGCUGCAGCUCCAGAGCCCCGAAGCCCAGCUCCUGACUCUUUGGGUCCUACAGAUGGAGCUGGCUCUGAGUGUUCCUUCCCCAGAGAGACCUGACCCUCAUUACCCACCAGAAGAGAGUCUUUGAUUCCUUCCCCAGUGCUGAAUCCAGAGCUGUUCCAGGGAGAGAGGGGCAGAAGAAAGGGAGGGUCAGCUGUUUGGAGUUUUCUGUUCUGCAGUCCGCUUGGUGUUGAUUUUUGGUUCAAUAAAGAGUUUGGCAAAGGUCAGAUUGCAUCUUCUGGCUGGUCAGGAGGGACCCUGGGCCUGACCUGGUAUGGGUCGGGGCAGGUGUGUCUGAGUUUCUGUACACAGAUGUAGCAGAGCUAAAGUGCUGGGGAGGGAGAGGGCAGCCUUGUCAGCUGCUUGUCUUGAGAUCCUGAACCAUCACUGUGCCCCUGGGCACAGCUGUUGCCAUGGUGGGUUCUGGGAAGUAUUCCGAACUAGGAGGAAGAAGUGAUGGGAGAGAAGGCAGGACUAGGAUGGGGGAGAGAGAAAUGAGGCUUUUGAAGGGGCAUAGGCAUUUAGAGAUAGGAAGAAAAAGGAGAGC